AGGAACGAAACAACUCCCAAGGUUCAGUUCACAUCCAGAGUCUUUUCACAUAAGAACAAACCCAUUUUAUUUUGUAUUUCAAACCUCAAGCUCAACUUUGAUUAUUUCUUAAGAUACCCCGGAUAAAGUACAUGUCCUUCCAGAUUCGUGGAACGGUACAUUCAUUUUAACUCGUAAUUACUACUCAAAAGAUAUAAGGUAGCUGUGCUCAGCAAUUCCCCUCGACCUUUUCCGCUUUCUUUCUCUCAAAGGACCUUCCUCCGCCCGGAAUGAUUUUUUGAAUGCAUUUGUUCGGAUCACACGACCACUUUCAUAAUGGGAAAUACACCUUCUACCAACACGAGGCCAAACGCUUCGACACCUCAUUCGCAUUCUCCCGCACCUUCGAGCCAUAGUAAUGACUCAUCAAGGACAUCAUCAACUCGCAGAGAUCCCAGGAAUUUUAUUCACUCACACAGGACCGCUGCGAGAGCAGAACCUUCUCUCGCACAAGCUCACGGAUCGAAUGUCACACACCGCCCGCGCAACUCCCAAUCACACCCUGCCGCACAAUUCAAUAAUUCCUUACCGAGUUCGGGGGUCAAUACACCAUCAGCGCAUGAAAAAGAGCCAAAACCGGGCCUGCAAUCACAUAAAGAUGGGCCAGAGAUAGAAAAGAUCGUCGUGAGAGACCAACCAACCAAGCCAGUCGAUGUUCCCAUGCCAUCCUCAAAUUACGACACUACCACGUGCAGAUCACAUUCGCAUUCACACUCCCUAUCGAGCACGCAGCCUCCAUCCAUUGACCCUUCCGGUCCCCCGAUUCAAGAUAUGUCGUAUCAUCUUACGCGACCUCCGAGACUCCCACUACCAAUUGAGGAGGAGGUGCAUACACCAGGAUCACCUCUGAUCACACCAGCUGAUAUGAUUGCCCCAGCGAUAGAUAUAGAGGCUCUGGACAAUGAACCACUCGCGAGACGGAACUCGGCGCUUAGCAACACGACUAUAGAUGAGGAGGACGCCGAGGAGAUUCAAAUCGACCGGACGAAGGCAACAGUACCAACCCUAUUUGAAUGGAGAGAAGGCGGAGAGAAAGUUUAUGUAACUGGUACCAUAUUUCAGUGGAAUAAGAAGCAGAGGUUAAGCGCAGUGUAACUUCCCUUUUUCAUUACAAAAUGUUCAGUUCCCAACUUUUGAUGGCUUCCACUAAUACUUCACAGGGAAGGAGAGCCAGGACUUUUAAGAGCAAUUAUCCAUGUACGACCUGGAACUCACCACGUUCGAUUUAUUCAAGAUGGCAUUAUGAAAUGUUCAGCACUUCUUCCGACAACUGUUGAUUUUGGCAACAAUUUAGUCAACUAUAUCGAAGUCAGUGCCGAUGACAUCCCUAACGAUGAUGGUUCUGUAAAUAUACCUAGUGAACCAAUUGGAGGUGCAGAAGCCAAGCCCGAGAUCACUCAGCCAGAACCAGUACCUGCAGAAGAGAGGACAAAGCCAAAGCCGGUGUCGAAGAUGAAGCACGCAAUCUCUCAUAGCCAAUUUACUUCAGAGAUUCCACAAUACCUUAUAGAUAUGGACAAACCCGAAGAUUCCAGGGAAUACCGCUACGCAAUAGCUGCUAUAGACAAACUGCCUCCUCCCCCUAGUUUACCGGGUUUCUUGGGAAAACCUAUCUUGAAUAGCAACCCACCAAUGAAGGAUGACAAUAGUGUUCUUAUUAUGCCUAAUCACACCGUUCUUAAUCAUCUAGCUACGAGCAGUAUUAAGAACAAUGUUCUUGCUGUUUCUGCCACUACAAGGUAUAAGCGAAAGGUACGGGCAAUUCUUUACCUGUUGAAAUUUUGUACUGAUCCAUAAUGUAGUAUGUCACAACGAUCAUGUACAAACCUACUGUAGAGGAAUAAGAAUAAAAAAACAGCAAUGCGAGAGGUUACAAUCUAUGAAUAGUGGAGCUGGUGGACCUGGAUAUCAAAGGAAAAUAACACUCCGUACAUGCAUCGAGUAAUAAUUUGGCAAAUAAUAAGCUUGCUUUGCAUUAUUUUCAAUGGGAAACUAGAUGCAGAAUAUUCCAAUGAAAAAAGAAAACCACAUAUAGUGCC